AUGCGUUUCUCCACUGCCGCAGCAGUUGCUCUCGCAGCGGCGCCCGCCGUCGUCUCCGCCGCAAAGGGUUCCAUGGGAUUUGCGCUCGGCACGAAGCAGCCCAACGGCGACUGCAAGACACAGAGUGACUACGAGGCCGACUUCGAUGCUAUCAAGGAGGCGUCUGGCGCGACGAUUGUGCGUGGAUACGCGGCGGCCGACUGCAACAUGACGAAGACGAUUCUGCCUGCUGCGGAGAAGAAGGACUUCAAGGUCGUGCUGGGAAUCUGGCCCGACGUCGAAGAGUCCUUCAACAACGACCUCAACGCCAUCACCGCCGUCGCUGAGAAAUACAAAAACACCAUAUACGCCGUAACCGUUGGCUCCGAGACACUCUACCGCGGCAACUUUACUGGCCCCGAGCUUAAGGCCAAGAUCGACACUGUCAAGGGCAAGCUGCCCGACAACAUCAAGGUCGGCACCGCAGACUCGUGGAACAAGUUCAACGAUGGCACCGCAGACGCGAUUCUGUCGUCUGUCGACAUCCUCAUGAUCAACGCGUUUGCAUUCUGGCAGGGCGCUGGCGGCGAGAACGCUACUCAUGUCUACCUGAACGAUAUGUUCCAGGCUAUCAGCCAUAUUGAGGAGAAGGUCGGCGGAAGCGACAAGAUUGAGAUCUGGAACGGCGAGACCGGAUGGCCUACUGCUGACGGCACCGACUACGGCGCUGCAAAGGGUGGUCUUAGCAACGCCAAGAACUUCUACCAAACGGGCUUCUGCGCGUUGCUCGACUGGGGCUUCAACGCCUUCUUCUUCGAGGCCUUUGACGAGCCCUGGAAGCCUGCCUCCAUCGGUGACAACGGCAAUGUUGCGGACGAGACGACCUGGGGCGCGAUGACGAGCGAUCGCAAGACUAAGUACUCGCUGAAGUGCUAG